CUUGUAAUGCAUCCCAUAACAUAAAUAUCCUAAACAAACAUUCACAAAUAUUUCUGAUCAAGAGAGCCAUGGAAGAAAUUCUGAAAGCUGCUCUUGCCUACUUUGAACUUGGCAGCCAUGAAUUUAAGACUGGCACAUUACGCUUCCUCCAAAUGCUAGACCAGUGUACGAAUGGCACCAUAGGCCAAUUUGAUGAGUUCCUGAGAGAAAGGGGUCAUGAACCUCUGUCACCAAGCAUCCUUACGGCGUUAGGCAAGAAGCCUGAUGACCAUAUUGGGUUCAACGAUUUCUUGAUUUUGAUGUAUAUUAUUAAGACCAGGAGGCCAUGCUGUGAUCUUUGUCAGGCAUUUCUCAAAGGUCUGUAUUUCACCUGCGCUGUAUGCUUUGAGACAGAGGAAAAAACAUUCAAUUUAUGCUUAUGCUGCAUAAGCAAGCAAAAGAAUUGUCUUCACGGCCAUGGUUUGUUGGUCGACAAUUUUGCUAUGCUCCACUCUAAAUCCAAAGCUCUUGAACUGCAGCUGGAGAAAAACCCUAAACAACGUCGAAUUCCAAAUGAUGGCCAACUAUCCUCCAACUUCGGAGAAGGUCAGAUUCAGCUCCAUGAUCUAUUCCAGCAUCUGGAAGGGAGUUAUAUCUCCAAAGAAACACAGCACAAACCAGUAGUUUUUGGUUCUUCCGGCGACUCGGAGAUAACACCAGCAAAGUGUGCAAUAUCGGGUGAAAAUGGGUCGUGGUUAGCUCGGACCAAAGCCACCAUUGCGGUGGUCAUCGCCGAUAUCUAA